CGGAAGAACAUUGUCGUCAUUUUUAAAGGGCGAUUUGUUAAACGCGAAAGCCGGCCGUGUGGUGAGGUAGAAAAACGCUGUUAUUUCAGUUUUUGACAUAAUUCUCUGCUGUUUUCACGUUGAAAUUGUAACAGCAAUGCAGCUAUGACAGCCUCGUCAGAAGAUAUAGCAGGAUUGCCUCCAGAAGUAAUUUGGGAAUAUCAGUUUCGGUUGAUUUUAGUCGGGGAUUCCACUGUGGGGAAGAGUUCGUUACUGCGCCGUUUCUGCGAUGGGAAGUUUGUGGAGGUCUCCGACCCCACGGUGGGAGUGGACUUCUACGCGAGGCUGAUUGAGGUGAAUGUAAACCCGAAGACCAGAGUCAAGCUGCAGCUGUGGGAUACAGCUGGACAAGAAAGAUUCAGAUCAAUAACUACAUCCUAUUACAGGAACUCGGUAGGUGUGAUGCUUGUCUAUGACAUUUCAAACAGACAAAGUUUUGAGAAUCUGCAGGAGUGGCUGCUGGAAGCUCAGGAGAACGUUAUCUACCCCCACAAUACAACAUACAUGGUGGUGGGUCACAAAACGGACUUGGGAGAGGAUAUGAGAGAGGUACAUAGAGAAGAAGGCGAACGCUUUGCUUUCGCCAACGGGAUGAAAUUUAUAGAAACCUCAGCCAAGGCUUGCACUAACGUCGAAGCAGCUUUCUCGGUCAUGGCAAAAGAGAUCUAUUCCAAAUUGGAAGCAGGUGACCUGUGCAUCAGGGAGGGAUGGGACGGCAUCAAGGGUGGAUUCGCAAUGCCGCGGGAAACGUUGCGGCUAGAAGAACCUACGGAAAAACCCAGGAUAUGCUGCUAAGAAUAUGUUUAUGUUUUAUGUCAUUUACGAGAAAAUCAAUAAUUUGUUUUAAAAUUAUACUUGUGUGCAUACAAUCAUUCAUUGUAGUACCAACAUGAGCAAUCAGUGUUAACCAUUUGUAGCAAAAUUCUCAAAUUGCAUUCUUUAUUGUAAUGUUUAAUAGUAGAUUCAGAAUAAUAUUUAAUGAACAAUGGAGUGAAUUGAUAAGGCUCUAUAUACGCUGGCAUUAAAUACAUGUAUAUUCCCUCCC